UGGGGGAUGGAGAGUGACGAAAAUAACAAACAGGCUGUUUCUGGGUGUGGGGGUUGAUAGCUGAAGGGCGAGCUUCGAUUCUUCCCACAGUUAUUUAAUUAGUGUCUUGUAAUUCUUUUUGUUUUGGGAAGGUCAGGCUGUUAUUUCGAGCCUGUUGACGCUGGAAAAGAAAAAGUUGUUCUGUGAUUUCGAGCACCAGAGCUGUGAAGUCAGGGCACGGUGAGUUUAUUCCCCUCAGAAUCAACAGCAAACUAGCCAGCGAUGCUAAGCUAAGAGAGACAUGGCUCAAGAGACAAACCAGACCCAGGUGCCCCUGCUGUGCUCCACUGGCUGUGGCUUCUAUGGAAACCCACGCACCAAUGGCAUGUGCUCUAUCUGCUACAAAGACUUCCUGCAGAGGCAAAACACCAACGGCAGGGUCACUGAGACAGUGACGGUGCCUGCUGUGUCGUCCAGCCUCAGCAGUUUAGAAGAAUCCUUGUGUGCUUCGUCGACCACAGUUACUUCUACAGAAAUCACACAGGAAGAAGAAACAUCAGGAGCUUCAGUCCAAGAGGAGCUAAAAACAUCAGAAGUAACAGGAUCAGACUCAUCCUCACAGCCAGCUACCCCUGAACCAGAAAAAUCCAAACCCAAAAAGAACCGUUGUUUUACCUGCCGCAAAAAAGUGGGGCUGACGGGUUUUGACUGCCGCUGUGGAAAUGUGUUUUGCGGUGUUCACCGAUACUCAGACCUCCACAAUUGCACCUUCGACUAUAAAGCUGACGCGGCUGAGAAAAUCAGGAAAGAAAACCCGGUCAUCGUUGGCGAAAAAAUUACAAAGAUUUGAGACGAUGCUCAUGGACAACCCCAAGUCCUUUUCCUGUUCCAUCAUUUCUUCCCCAUUUUCUUCCUCUAUGCCACAUUGCACGGUGGACCUCUGAACAAUACCAGCACAAACCAUUGAACCAUACACACCACACAGAAGUACUUUUUUCAACUUAGCAAAUAUAUGUUGUUGUUGUUUUUUUUUUUUUAUCUGUUGCUAUUGUUUUUUGUAAAAAUAUUACAGAAAUCUAGAUUUAUACAAUCAUAUUAUAUUUUAAUUCCAAUGACUAACAGAGCUAUGUUGAGACUACUUGAGGGGCGGGUCUUCUCUCAAGUCUAUAAACAAAGAUUGCAUGUUAAACAAGCAAGGAUAUAUUUCUUUACAUAAAGAAUAGCAACACGAGUGGCAGAUUUUCUUUCACUGUAAUGGCUUAAAGCAUGUAAGGAACAUUUUAUCAGCUGGCUUUGCCCUCUAAAUUUUGUUGAAAUAUUAAAAGUUUAUAAUCAAUAAUAGAGAAAGUUUUGUGAGUGUGUAAGCAUGUGUAAAUGUAUACUGAGUUGCUUUUGCAGAUUUACAGUUAGAGACUAGCACAUCUGGCAUGCACAGUUUGUCAGCUCCCUGAUGGUGAUGGAGCAGCUUAGUGCUAAUGUCUAUGAUUGCAUCAGUUCAGCUUAUCUAUUUGCAAUCCAUCAGGAUUGUUGACUGGCGUUGAUGCACCUGGUACAGUAAUUUCUCCUACAUGUGUAGGAACACAGAUCUAAUCAGUACUAGCCCUGUGGAGGUCCCUUUUCUCGGACUGAUGAGUGAGAAGGCCCUCUAUGCACAAACUGUCUGUAGCAACAGAUUGGUUACAGUCUAACUUAUAUAAUAGAUAAAAUAUCAGCUCAUUGUGUGAGUGUGUGAUUUUGUUAUGGAGCUGGAGAUGUUAAUCUGCAUUUGCUUUAUUAGUGAUUGGUUGUUUUCCUUUAGAGACUAUAACUAAUUCUUUUAUUAAAAAUAUUGUAAUGUGACCACAAAUAAUAAUGAUGAUGCUGCGUGUUAUUUUAUUUUCACUUUUUUCAGCCUUGAUCUGAAUAAAGCAACACUUUUCUUGGCUUA